GAGUGUGGAGCCGGGCUGCGUGCUGACAGUUUCGGCGGUUGCGAGCCGCUCCUGUCGUGGGACGCGUCCCAGCAGCGCGGGCGGCCCCGGUCCCCUCGGGCUCCGCGGCUCCGAGGCCACCAUGGACGACAAGGAGUUAAUUGAGUAUUUUAAGUCUCAGAUGAAAGAAGACCCUGACAUGGCCUCAGCAGUAGCUGCCAUCCGGACUUUACUGGAGUUCUUGAAGAGAGAUAAAGGGGAGACCAUCCAGGGCCUGCGCGCGAACCUCACCAGCGCCAUAGAGACGCUGUGUGGCGUGGACUCCUCGGUGGCCGUGUCCUCGGGCGGCGAGCUCUUCCUGCGCUUCAUCAGCCUCACCUCCCUGGAGUACUCGGAUUACUCGAAAUGUAAAAAGAUCAUGAUUGAGCGGGGAGAACUUUUUCUCAGGAGAAUAUCCCUAUCGAGGAGUAAGAUUGCAGACCUGUGCCAUACUUUCAUCAAAGACGGGGCGGUGGGGGGGGUGCUGAGAACCUGCAUUUCUCACGAGUUCUCGGGGGAGGCCCAGAAAGGAGCUGGGGCGCGUCCAUCCACCUUGCAUCGCGCAGAACCGUGUAGUCUGUUCCCCAAAACACAGCGGAUACUGACUCACGCCUACUCCAGAGUGGUCCUGAGAGUUUUGGAGGCAGCCGUGGCGGCUAAGAAGCGCUUCCGGGUGUACAUUACCGAGUCCCAGCCCGAUUUAUCAGGGAAGAAAAUGGCCAAAGCUCUCUGCCACCUCAAUGUCCCCGUCACUGUGGUGCUAGAUGCGGCCGUUGGCUAUAUCAUGGAGAAAGUGGACCUUGUCAUAGUUGGUGCUGAAGGAGUUGUGGAAAACGGGGGCAUCAUUAACAAGAUCGGAACCAACCAGAUGGCCGUGUGCGCCAAAGCCCAGAACAAGCCUUUUUAUGUGGUUGCAGAAAGUUUCAAGUUUGUGCGGCUCUUCCCACUCAACCAGCAAGAUGUCCCAGAUAAGUUUAAGUAUAAGGCAGAUACUCUGAAGUCUGCGCAGACCGAACAGGACCUCAAAGAGGAGCACCCGUGGGUCGACUACACCUCCCCUUCCUUGAUUACACUGCUCUUCACGGACCUGGGGGUGCUGACACCCUCAGCAGUCAGCGACGAGCUCAUCAAGUUGUACCUGUGACCGGGGCCCUCUCCUGCUGGCGCACCGCCCAGGGACCGGGGCAGGGGGAGCAGCCUCUUGACUCGGCGAGUCAGGCAAAACUGAAUUCUUCAGGUUUUAUUUUUAAGUAAUCUCUAUACCCAGUGUGGGGCUCGAACUCACAGCGCUGACUUCAAGAGUCGUGUACCCCACCGAGUCAGCCAGGCGCUCUUAAAACUGAUUUUUUUUCUUUAGUGAAGACUUACGGACUAAGGACCUAAAACUUCAAGAAUUUUUUAUUCAUUUCAGCCCCAUCUAAAAUGUGUUCAUGGUUUCCAUAAAGCCAACCUGAAUUGUGCUUAUGGUUUCCAAACACUUUCUAAUUUCCAGAAAUACAAAUUAGAUUGUAUUUCGUUGGCUACUUAUCCAAUGAAAGCCCUGCCCAAGCCCACCUCCCUUCUCCCCUGCACUCCAGGCUGAUUUGCUGAAAGCAUCAAUUACAGGGAUGCACGCCUGAAAACGCAGGCCUCCCUGACCGUGGCCAGGUGCCCCCGCAGGGCCGGACAGCUGCCCGGACACAUGUGACGUGCGGGCCUGGUGAGAAAGGCCGGAAACCGUGUUCAGUGCUCCUCAGGCUUCCGGCGGUGAACACCAGCCCGGGACUGCCAUCCGCUCAGGGGCUCGGGGGUCCCCCAGCUGCAGAAUGGAAACCGGCAAGAGAACGCAAGGAAGGCAGAAACAGCAUGUAGCAGGAGUAGCCUACGUGGCUCAUCACGUGUGAAGACCUUCCAGAACAUUCAUAAACUGAAAGUCGGCAUCUGUGAAAGAUGUGAGUCUCCUUUAGAUGAGUUUGUGCCUGAACAGCUUUUUUAAAUUGUGCUUGGGGACAAAUUGAGCAUCUUUUCAAAUAAAUUUCAUGAGAGGUUUUGAGA